AUGCUUCUUCCACAUAGUAUGCACGGUUUUCUUGAAACAAGCAGCAGCUGCAGGGGUUUGUCUUGCAGAGAUAGUCUAUUGGAGACACUUUGCACCAAAGCGAAAGAAACUGUAGUUGAAAAAGGAAAUGAAGUGAAUGUUUCAGAGGUCUUUCAUGUAUCUAAACCACCUUUGGCUCCCAAAGGACCAUGUGCACAAGAAAAGAAGAGAGGAAACACCAUGAGGAGCAAGAGCCCACUGAUGCGUGAGCACCAAGGUGAAUCAGAAGGUGUUUCUUUCGGGGACAUGACAACCUUCCAAUGGGACAUGUUCCUGCAGAGCUUCCAGACACUUUUACAAGAUGCAUUGAGCAAAAGGCUAGUGCCAAGUUUAGGAAAAUAA